AUGGCGUCCGACAAAUAUCCUCUCACGCUCAUGAACAUCCCACUCGAGUUGCGGUACCGGAUCUUCCAAUACGUUGCCCGGCGCGACACGCAGCCGGAGAAGCUCUUACGCUACUGGUUCGAGAAAAAGGAGGUCAAGGAGAAGACUGCGCAGCUGGUGGCGCAGAAUCCUAGCGGGGCAGCACCGGUGAUUGUGUUUGACGGAGAUCAGUACGAUCAUGAGGAAGAGUAUGAGGAGGGAGAUGGUAGUGGUGAGGACGAUGAGGAGGGAGAAGAGGACAGCGAUGCUGAAGAGGGUACUGAGGACGAGGGAGAUAGUGACGAGGAUGAAGACCAAGAAGAUGGCGAAGACCUCGAUGAAGAAGCAGCCAGCGAGGAUGGCGACGAAGCUGAAGACCAGGACGCAGAGAAUGACAGCACUGUUGCGCACAUGACUCCAGCGCCCGCAGCUCUGUUCAACACCCAUGCGCCCGCAGCUCCUGCUCUCACAAGCUCGCAACAGACCACAGUGAGCACUUCUCAAGCUCCUGCUGUGUCAUCGAAGAGCACCGGGUCGACAAUUGCAGCUCAAGACUCUGCAUUUGCGGUCUCAGAUCAGCCGUUGGCUGAGACAGAAUCCGACCCUUCAGUGUUGAUGGAUGCAGCGAACAGUUCCGCGACGACCACAGCGCAAGCUCCAACAACUGCAGCUACUGCUUCUGUUCCAGAUAUACUGCAAAUGCACGAUCAAGAAAACGCUGAAGGCGGAGACGCUGAUACACACACGGACGAUCAUAACGAUCCUCAACUUGGGCCCGUAGAUGGUGCUGCUGAAGACGAAGACAUUCAGGAGAAUGAAAACGUUGGAGAGAAGGGAGAUGGUCAAGAGGAUGAUGAAAAUAUUGACCAGGAAAGCGACGACGAAGAUGGCAACAACGCUAAUGAUGGUGAGAGUGAUGAAGAGAUGGACGAGGACCAUGAUGAUACUGCUGCAGGAGCAGCGCGAACUCCUUCGCCAGCACCUAUCAUUACUGCACAUAGAAAAUGGCGUCACAUUCCCAAGUUCAUGCAGAUAACCCACUGCCCACCCCCCGUAGAGCUUCUCCUCGCCUGUAAGCAGCUCAACAAUGAAGCUAAAAGCUGGUUCUAUGAUGUUGCUAUUUUCUGCAUCGAGGCUACAGGAAGCUUUGCACAUACCAGCUUCUUUGAAGAAGCCUUCAGCCAGAUUACAGAAGCUGCGUUUUCCCCCAUGGAGGACAUCCGCAAAGCCGAAAUCACGUUCGUCUGGGACACCGCCUGGCUCCGAUCCGACCAAGCUGGCUGCGCAGAUGCCAUCUUUCCAGCCCUUCUUCGCCAGCGAGCUGCCUUCGUCGUCGGCAUCCUUGCUCAGGCGCCGAACCUCUGCGAUGUGGUCAUCCACUGGCACGAUUCUGCUCAGGACGAUGAGAGCGUUGACUUGAUGAACGAUGUUCUCACAGGAUUCCUUGGUCUCAGUGCUGCCAUCAAGGUCAAGCUUCACUAUAUCGCCGCUGAUGCGAAGCCCUACAGGAAGAGUGUCGCUGGCAGGCGUCGCGUUGAGUUCCAGAACAUUGUCGAAAACGGGUUGGAUCGUCUCUUUUAG